AUGGGUCAGCGGUUUAAUCUUCAGAGUCAAAAUAAAGACGAAACAGUUCUGCCAGUCAUUGAGAAAGCACCAGUGAUAGUGAGCACCACCUCAACUACAGUAGGUCUUCGAUGGCAUGCAUGGUCUGGAGAAGAUGACAUAGGUGAUCCUCCUCUGGUAGGAUAUGAUGUCUUUGUAGAGGAGGAUGGUGAAGUGGUAACGGAUCAGAGAGUAGAUCAACCCACAACAUCAGCCAUCGUUAGUAACCUGACACCAGACACAGAUUACAUGUUUCGUGUAGCAGCAGUGAGGGAAGGAACCGGUGGAACAGGACCUGUGUCUCCUAGUAGCGAAGCAAUAACUCGCUGUAGAAAACCCAGUGCUUCUCCAACUGGACUUCAAGUUUCAACCAUCAACCCGAAAGAGCUAGAGGUGACAUGGGAGCACCUCCCCUCAGAAUCAGCAGAAUGCAGGAGUGGAGUGACUCAUUAUAUGAUCUACUAUGCUUCUAGUGGAUCAACUUCUUCAAACUCUCUCAUGGUUCCUAAUGACACUAGCUCCUACACGAUAAGAGGUUUGGAUACCUAUCUGGACUAUACCAUUCAAAUAACUGCAUCAAAUAAAGACGAGGAGAGUGAUAGGAGCAGUGAGACUAUCGGCAAAACAGUUGAAGAAAUUGCACCUAGUCCUAUCAAUGUGGCUAUACCACAGAGUACUACAAGCUCCUUCACUGUAUCCUGGUCUACCCCUCUACCAUCUAACUUGAAUGGUAACAUCCAGAAGUAUAUUAUCCGCUACAAGCGAACUGAUCUCGUUACUGAUGGUGGCUAUAAGAUGGAGGAAGUAUCGAAUGGUGCGUUUGAAGGAGAGCAUACUGUUAUAGACCUGAUAGCAAAGACCAUCUACUCAGUUCAGGUACUGACCGUGAAUGGAGCUGGUUCUAGUAAUUGGUCAGAACCUGUGAAUGCUAAGACUAUACAGUCAGGUGGCUCUCCCAGUGCAUCAGUUGGACUGAUAAUAUGGGGUUCCAUGGCUUCCCUCAUUAAUAUCAUCCUGGUCAUUAUUCUCAUUCUCGUCAUCUUUAGAAGGAAAAAACAAAGGCGUUUAACGGCCGAACCGUCGCCACCAGACAAUGCACGUGAGAUCUCAUCUAAGCAUGAGAAUCAUGCAUUUGACAACUCCAACCAAGACCCCAAUAUUUACGAAGACCUUAAUACUGAUACCGACCCCCAUACCUAUCAAUGUCUAAAGAAACCCACCAUCAACAUACCCUAUCCAGAUAGCACAAAAUCAGAUCUGGAAGACACUUACGAAGAUAUGUGUAUAUACGUGUAG